UUCCAUCUUUGGCCGCUCGUCAUCCAAACCUUUUCGUUCAAACUGGAACGGCCGAGGGUGAUGAAAAACUUAUUGAUUAUUGGCAUGAAGAUCCGAAUAUGAACGAAUAUUAUGAACAUUGGCAUAUUUUAUAUGCUAAUGUACAAAUGCCUAUCCCAA